AUGGAUAGUGCUGUUGAUAACAGCUCUAGGCUGUUCGAAACAGACACUAGCGUGUUCGAGGAGUACACGCCUUCGUCACAGGACCUCUCAUCUCCCCUGGACUUGAAUCAUUUGGUUUGCUACCUCACGGCCCACACUGUGAUCGACUACACGGCUAUAUCCGACUUCUUUUUAACUUAUCGCUUGUUCUCUUCCCCAAAUACAGUGCUCAAGCUCUUAUUCUCUCGACUAGAGUGGGCGGCGCGCGUAAGUUACACGAAAAGUCGCGCAGAUUCCGAGGUUGGUCGCGACGUGGCUGUGCGUACUUUCGUCGUCAUUCGUCAUUGGAUUCUCAACUAUUUUGUGGACGACUUCUUGCCUGACUUGGAUCUUCGCCAAUUAAUGGCCUAUGCUCUGAACACACUCUCGCUGGUUCCCCAAGUUACCGAAUCCCCACACCUCACCCAUAUCAUCAAACAACUCAAACGUUGUUGGCUGGGUGAGCUAGCUUUGCAUUGGACUACCCAUAAUAAUAGUUCUGAGGCACCAGAAGACCUCCCUGUGUAUGCUGGUGGCCCCUAUGGCUUUGAUACACCAAGCCUAUCGGCGGCGGAAAGACGGCUCACCCUGUUGAGCUUUUAUAAGGAGCCCAUCGAACCCAUCGCGGUUACAGUUGAUACAAAACAGCAUGGCAGUCUACUCAAUGGUGGUAUUCUUGUCGAUAACGAUGUUGAGGUCUCGAAGAUUAAAAACUCGACUCUGAAACCUUCAACCCCUGCGCGGCGGCAUUUUUUCAGAAGACGGCAUGAGCAACAACCUCCCGAAGAUAUUGUUCUGGAGAACAAGGUUGAUGUGCUAGCUUUACAAGUAAUCAAGGAUUUGAAUGCCAUGUUGAGAUGGAAGGUCUCGAGAUCAAUAGUGCGUGACCGUUCAUUUAUUUCGCAUAUCACCCAGGCCCGCCUUUCAGACUCGACCAUCGGCAGAUUCAGAGCUUCGCGAGCUUCGAGUAUCUCAACUAUUCGGCAGCCUAAAAGAGACAAAACUUCAGACACUUUGGAUAUUGCUACGGCCUUGGUUAAUACGUCAUCCGAGAGCGACGAGGACGAUCGCAAACUUGGCGCGAAACCCCUGGCUUUAAACGAAAACCAUGACGCUGAAAUUGCUAAUUUGCGGCGCUCUGCACCAUGUUGGAACGCUGAUGGUGGUGGUCUGCAGGCGUUAGAUAUUGAGAGGGUUUCAUACAACGGCUCGUUGAGCACUCUCAGCACGCUCAGCCGAAACAGUACAAGUUCAUACGACGACGAACCAGAGACCAAGCCAUUCUCAUACGAGCAUACAUUUUCAUGUGCAAAUCCUGAAGCGUUUGAAAGCGCCGUGGAAGUUUCGCCCUUCAAACCUGCCCACCAGCAAACUCCCGAUCGGGACGAUGGUGAAGACGAAUUCCACGACACAGAAAGCAUGCUCGGAGAUUUUCUCGGGAACAAUAGUGAGGGCGGUAGCGACAUCUCACUCCUAUCCGAACAAAGCAUUGGAGGAAUGGCGCCCUGUCCAGGGUUCAACGCUGAAAUCGCGGCUGAACUUGCUGCUAUUCCUGAUGAGAGCACACACGAGGACGCGCUUAUCAUUGCACUCCGGAAGCUUGAAGGAACAUAUGAGCCGGUUGUCAAGCCAAGCCAACGCACCGAGGCCAUAACGGAGUCGCAACUGUUUCAAAGUGCCUUUGCGUCAACAAACAACCUCAGCUCUGCGGCUGCUGACAACGACGACGCUGUAUCGGUGCGUAGUUUAGCAAUUGGCGCCGCUCCUUCAAUUAUUUCCAAUAUUGCAUCCGAAGCUCUUGACGAGUCCGGUCGAAACGUUUUGGAUCGCUCACGCCAUGCCCCAUUCAUUCUCGCCAUGACCCCCGAGGAUAUUUAUCAGCAGAUGACAUUAAUUGAAAGAGACGCGCUUGAGCAAGUAGACUGGAAGGUUCUGGUUGAUGUAUCCUGGCCCAAACGGCCUCUCCCAACCUACUCUUGGCUGCAACUGUUGGCGACCCGCCCCCCACAAGGUAUCGAAGUGGUAAUUGCCCGAUUCAACCUGGUCGUGAACUGGGUUCGCAGCGAAAUCAUUCUAUGUCUAACCCCCACACUGAAGGCUCAGUCCAUAAUCAGAUUCAUUCAGAUUGCCUACAUGAGCUAUAAGGGUCAGAAUAUGGCAACCCUGAUGCAAAUAGUUCUGGGACUCACGAACCGAGUAAUAGAACGCGAAUCGGCGGCAUGGAACCUUGUUCCUAAAAAGGAACGCCGUAUUCUUGACCGUCUCAAGACAAUCACCUCCGUCGACAAGAACUUUAGUCGGCUAAGAGCCGAACACUCUCGGUUCGAUUUCAGCAGGGGCUGUAUUCCAUUCACCGGCAUCUAUCUAUCCGACCUGGAGCACAACAACCAGAGGCCUACAUUUAAUGACAAAGGUGAGAUUGUGUUCUCCAAAUUCCAAAUGACUGCAUCGGUUAUUCGAUCGUAUCUCCAAUGCAUCGAGUGGGCCAAGAACUACAACCUCAAAACCAACCCUAGUCUGCUCUCAAAGUGUCUCUAUCUACAGUCCCUGUCCCAGCAAGACUUUGAUCUGCUGGAAGCAUAG